AUGGCCUGGAAACCCAGAGUUAAAGAUGCCUCACCCCAGCAAGCAGUGAGUUUCGAUGAUGUGCAUGUGGACUUCACUGAGGAAGAGUGGAAUUUGCUGGAUCCUUCCCAGAAGAAUCUCUACAAAGAUGUGAUGCUUGAGACCUACUGGAACCUCACUGCUAUAGGCUAUAAUUUGGAAGUCCAUCAUCCUAAAGAACAACAUCAAACUUCUAGAAGUCAUGAAAGGCUUGAAAAAAGUCAUACUGGACAGAAACCUUGUGAAUGUAUCCAAUGUGGUAAAGCCUUUUCAUGGUACACUAAUCUACAAAGACAUAAAAGAACACAUACUGGACAGAAACCACAUGAAUGUAAUCAAUGUGGUAAAGCCUUUUCAAGUCACAGUAAUCUCCAAUAUCCUAAGAGAACACAUACAGGAGAGAAACCUUAUGAAUGUAAUCAAUGUGCUAAAGCCUUUUCAUUUCACAGUAGUCUCCAAACACAUAAAAGAACACAUACUGGAGAGAAACCUUAUGAAUGCAAUCAAUGUGGUAAAGCCUUUACACAACAAAGUCAUCUCCAAAUCCAUGAAAGAACACAUACUGGAGAGAAACCCCAUGAAUGUAAUCAAUGUGGUAAAGCCUUUUCCUGUCACAGUGGUCUCCAAUGUCAUAAGAGAACACAUACAGGAGAGAAACCUUAUGAAUGUAAUCAAUGUGUUAAAGCCUUUUCAUGUCACAGUAAUCUCCAAAUACAUAAAAGAACACAUACAGGAGAGAAACCUUAUGAAUGUAAUCAAUGUGGUAAAGCCUUUACACAGCAAAGUCAUCUCCAAAUCCAUGAAAGAACACAUACUGGAGAGAAACCCCAUGAAUGUAAUCACUGUGGUAAAGCCUUUUCAAGUCACAGUAAUCUCCAAAUGCAUAAAAGAACACAUACAGGAGAGAAACCUUAUGAAUGUAAUCAAUGUGAUAAAGCCUUUUCAAGUCACAGCAAUCUCCAAAUGCAUAAAAGAACACACACAGGAGAGAAACCUUAUGAAUGUAAUCAAUGUGGUAAAGCCUUUUCAUGGCACAGUAGUCUCCAAAGACAUAAAAGAACACAUACUGGAGAGAAACCUUAUGAAUGUGAUCGAUGUGGUAAAGCCUUUUCAUGUCACAGUAGUCUCAAUUGUCAUAUGAGAACACAUACUGGAGAGAGAUCUCAUGAAUGUAAUCAAUGUGAUAAAUCCUUUACAAGUCACAGUCAUCUCCAAAGACAUAAAAGAACACAUACUGGAGAGAAACCUUAUCAAUGUAAUCAAUGUGGUAAAGGCUUUACACAACAAGGUCAUCUCCAAUAUCAUAAAAGAAUUCAUACCAGAGAGAAACCUUAUGAAUGUGAUCAAUGUGGUAAAGACUUUUCACAACUUUAUCAUCUUCAUUACUAUAAAAGAACAGGUACAGGAGAGAAACCUGUGCAGAUUGACUUGACUGGAGAGCCAAGAGACUGUUCCUGGAGACCUCUGCUGCCGCUGCCGCCACCACCGCUGAAAUUGGGAGGCACACCGCUGUCCCGGUGGCAUCAGAGGGCUCCUUCUGACGUCACAGACCGCGCGACGCAAUCUGAUCGACCGCCGGGCCGCUGCAGACCCGGGAGAUGA